UCCGCGCUUGCAGUAUGGCUGCGCGUUCCCUCGCGUUUAUCGCGCUUUGCGCUUGCGCGAUCACAACUUCGCGCGCAGUUGAGCCAUCAGCACGAAUAUACAUAUCAUCAAGAACGAGAGCCAGACCGGCCAGUGUCUUCGCAAGCGACGAUGUGGAGAAGAGGUACACGCCAGAGAUUGCGGAGGAGCUCAAAGCCACAAAGGAAAAUGCUCUACUCCUUUACACGGAGUACACUUCAGCAGCUUCCACCGAUAUGAAGGCGUUCAUACACAAUGUAUCCUCGCUGCUCCAGGAUACUAUAAGGACUAUGGAGAGCAGAGUGCUAGAUCGUGCUAAUCGACCUUGUCGCGAUGAGUUCGAGAAAAAUAUAAGGAAGAUAGAGACAGACGCACAGCGAGCCGCCUUGUUCUGCGUGGAAAACCAUCACAAGUACCUCCUCGGGCACAUGAUCGUGUUUAGAAUGCACCUGAACAAGAGUCAAGACUAUGUGCAGAGGUGUCAGAAAAUCAACAGAUCAUGUGGUACCCCCUGUGAAACCACACCAAGGAUGAUACGCUGGAGGCGACUGGCUCUCCUCGAAAUAAACCGCGUGAAAGAUGACAUCCAACACUCUCGCCGCUCAUACAAGGACCUGCUUGUACAUUCUCGCCGGAAACUGAAGCACUUGAGGCAAGAAGCGGAGUUGCGGACUAAAUCUGCUAUCGUAGCUGUAGAGCAAUGUGUCAAGAAUACCACCUGCUAGUGUUAAGUGUGGCGUAAAUUAAAUUAAAAUUAUUAUUUUCAAAAUAUAAUUCAGAACCGGCGGGAUUUGAAUCCGCAUCUCUCUGGCUUUUACGACCUGUGAUCUUUACAGACAACUUUGAUUUGAGUCUGACGCAUUUCCGGUUUCAACAUUUUUUUUUUGAGUUUGAGUCUGAGCAUAGUUUUUGUCAUGAUAACUCAUCAUACUGUUUACUUAAUUAAAGGGAAAAGUUUUUGAAAAAUAUUUUUUUACUUUUUUGCCAUUUGCAUAAUAAAAUUGGAGUUACAAAGAAUGUAAAUUGAAAUAAAUAAAGUCGUUUCGUUAAAUCUUUCUCAUUGUGGGGGAGACCCGUGCCCUGCAGUAGGCCAAGAAUAGGUUGAUAUGACGAUGAUGAGUAUGAUGAAAAUUGUAAUAUAUGAAAAAGUACCGUUUUAAUGCAUAUCUUUAUGUUCAAACGCUUAAUAACUAAGACACGGCUCUUCUGAAAAUCGGAUAUGCAUAAUAAGUUUAAGCGACUGUUGGCAGUUUUUAGUUGGCACAUCUAGAAAGAAGUAUUAUAGUUCCAACCUAUUUACAAAAACUCUGUCUUUCUUUAAAUGAAAGAUGAUACAUACACAAACACUCAGAUGCGGAUUUAAAUCCCACCGGUUCUGAAAUAUUGCUAUUUAUUUUUAUAAUAAAUAUUUAACAUUGUAAGUAAGCAGAGUAAACAAACUUUAAAGAGAAUGCAGGAAGCUGUGGAAAAUUGUUACUCGAAUGUUUUGGAAGAUUUCUGACUUCUAUUAUUACCAAUGGACCUACUGCCACUUUGAAGUUGUCUGCAUUUUGAUUGAAGAUUGACGCCAUUUCGGCGCUGUAAUACGAAUGUACAAGGAACUAAAGUAUUUAACAAGGAACUAAUUUAUAUUAUUAAAAGCUCCAUUAUGUAGUUCCUACAUUCGCAUGUCACAUUUAGAGCUUCAAAAAGGGACUCAGUUUAUUAGGCUUAUAAAAUAGUCAGUCGGAUAGUCCAUUGUCCACCUAAAUGUUAGGAUAAUUAGUAUAUUCAUACGUUCAAAAAUGUAUAUUCAAAUUCUUAUUCAAAAUUCAUUUAUUUCAAGUAGGCCUAACAUAAGCACUUUGAAAAAGUCAAGUCUGUCUGUGUGUAGUGACUCUACCGGUUCGGAAGGCAGGUUCUACCGAGAAGAAGCCGGCAAGAAACUCAGCAGUUGCUCUUUUCCAACAUCAACAAUUUACAUUUUACAUUUUAAAAUUCAUUUUUCUAACUUGUGAGAGAUGAAACCGGAGAUAUAUAUCACUCUUAGUUUUAAAAUGUGUUCAAAUAUAAGAAGCCAAAUGAAACCCUUACAUUAAUGAUUGGUCUCAGUUGCGCUCAUACUAGAUCGCCAUUCGCCAGCGUACUUAAUAACAGCAAUCCGUUGCUGGCGUAUCUUUUCAAGUAAGUUUUUCACGUAUUUAUGUUUUCUUAGCUACAUUUAUAACUGUUAUUUAACUAAGCUGUGAUAGGCGCAGUGGGUAGUAGCUCGACUUCACUUUCGGGGGCCCGAAUCCUAAUUUCAGCACGCACAUCUAACUUUUCUAAGUUAUGUGCAUUUUAAGUAUUUUAAAAUAUCACUUGCUUCGACGGUGAAGUAGAACAUUGCGAGGAAACCAGCAUGCCUGAGAGUGCAGUACAUAGAGCCAACCAAACCGCAUGGGGCCAGCGUGGUGGAGUACGGCCUUAAUCCCUUCUCAUUGUGGGAGGAGACCCGUGCCCUGCAGUGGACCGGUAAUGAGUCGAUAUGAUAAAUAAAUAAAUAAAUAUACGACGACAAUACACAC